GUGUAUCCAAAUUUUGCGGUAUUUAAGGAAAUUGAAUUUUCAAAUAAGGACAUUAAAAUAAAUAAUAAAUGAAAGCUUUCCUUUUAGUAUGCCUUAUCGCUACAUCAAUGAUGGUAAAUGCAAUUGAAAUCCCUAAAGAUUAAGUCUUAAGUGGAUAAUCAGAUUCCCCUAGUUUCCUUCACGUUUAAACUUUCCAAGCUUGCCAAUUUUGUUGUGGUGGAAAAUGCUGUUAUUCAGCUUCUAAUUGUGUUAAAGGAGUUUGUAAUAAUGUCAUAGCACCUACCUGUGUGCAAGGAUGAUUUUAUAUUCACAUCAUAAUUAAGUCAUAAAAAUAUCUAUUACACUUCUCUUCAAUAUCAUUAUC